GGCAAGGGAGCCAGGCUCCAACCUGUCCGAAACCAAGAUGGCUGUCGCCUUAUUGUGGUUAGGUGUCAAUUUUGAAUAUUAGUCAAAGUAGAUAAGAAUAGAUAAAUAAUAUAAAAAUUAAUAAUAUAGUGUUCCUCUUUCCGAGGAAUUAUAAGUAAUGAAAAAGAUUACCUUACAUUCUUUGGUAAUAAUAAUUUGAUUGUAUUGACAAGGAAAAUGAAAUCACACAUAUUUAAUAUUAUUCGCUUUCAAAGUAAAAUUGUAGGAGUGAGGCAGUACUGUACCCCUGCCUUGAAUUUUCAAGAUGAUUUUUGCAAAAAUCACAUUGAAACUAGUGCAAUUCAGAAAUCAUUGCUAACCAUAGGAUCAGCUAUGGUAUCGAUUUUAGAUCCACAUCGUGGAGAUAUGAUUGCUUGUUUAGCAGAAACGAGUGGUGAAUAUUCUGCGAAAUACAUGUUGGAAUUGAUGAAAGAAUCGAAGGAAGGCUCCGAAAUACUCAUGGAAAAACCAAGAAUAAAUACAAAAACUGUUGAUGUAGCUUAUUUAGGAAGUUUACCUGAAGGCACCUUAGGAAAGACCUAUAGCAAUUUUCUACUAAAAAAUGAAGUCACGCCAGAUUCUCGGGUACCAGUUCAAUUUGUUGAUGACAUAGAACUUGCUUAUGUUCUACAAAGAUAUAGAGAAGUUCACGACUUGAUUCAUACGGUGUUACAAAUGCCCACUAACAUGCUUGGAGAGGUAACAGUCAAAUGGGUUGAGGCAAUUCAAACCACAUUACCAAUGUGCAUAGGUGGAGCAAUUUUUGGACCAAUUAGAUUAAAACCCAAACAACGUCAGCUCUAUUUACAUUACUAUUUACCCUGGGCUUGCAAGACCGGAGCAACUGCAAAUUUUUUGUUGAACAUUUAUUUUGAGAAAAGAUGGGAACAGCCUAUUCAUGAAUUUUUUAGAGAAGUCAAUAUUAAACCCUUGCAAAUAAAUAAUUCAACUUAACAGUUGAU